GACAAAUCCCCCUUAUGUACGCAGGAUCUCCAGAGGAAAACUGUUGACUGCACAGUCCAAGGAGAGAGCACCUGACUUUUCUCUGCAGGAAAGAAAAGGCUUUCCCCAUGAUCCCUCGGUUUAAGAAAAAAAAGGCGCCUGCCGACGGGGCCUCGAAUGAGAGCAGCGCGCGACGUGCCCAUCUUAAAACUGGCAAGAGUCUAUAAUUGGGAGGAUGGAGUCGCCCCUGAGAAGGCGCGCUUGCGGCUCGUUCCUUAGCCGGCCCUCUCAAGCGCCAGCCACAGUUUCCGACAGGGUCCUUUUUGCUGAAGGACGCGGAUGAGAGGAAAGGCCUAAGCGCGCCGCGCCUCUGCUUUUUCCUCCGGAGCAAGCAAGCCCGUAUCACCGUAGGCAGGCUCCGAGUAUGGACAAGCCCGAAAUGAAGCUGCCCAAGGCAAUCCUUGGCCAUGGGGAUUAUGAUUCUGAUUUUAGUGAUGAUGAAACUGGGGAGAAAUCUGACCAGCGGAAAAAUAGCAAUGAAGAUUCAAUUCUCAAAAAGCCCUUUCAAAAAGAAAGGCAGAGCAAGGUGGCCCACAGACAGGUGGCGACGGAUGAAUGGGACAGGGAAGAAGCAAGAAAUAGAAGAUUUCAUUUCAUAGCAAUGGAUGCUUAUGCAAGACAUAAGAAACUUGUGAAUGACUAUAUUUUGUACUAUGGUGGUAAGAAAGAAGACUUUAGACGUUCAGGAGCAAAUGACAAGACUGACCUUGAUAUUGUAAGGGAGAACCACAGAUUCCUAUGGAGAGAGGAAGAUGAAGUUGAUAUGAACUGGGAGAAGAGACUUAGCAAGAAAUACUAUGAUAAAUUAUUCAAAGAGUACUGUAUAGCAGAUUUAAGUAAAUACAAAGAGAACAAGUUUGGAUUUAGAUGGAGACAUGAGGGAGAAGUGGUAUCAGGAAAAGGUCAGUUUGUUUGUGGAAGUAAGCACUGUGAUGAAAAAGAAGGCUUGAAGAGUUGGGAGGUGAAUUUUGGUUAUAUUGAGCAUGGUGAAAAGAAAAAUGCACUUGUUAAAUUAAGGCUCUGUCCAGAAUGCUCUUACAAAUUAAAUUUUCAUCACAGGAGAAGAGAAGUCAAACCAAAGAAAAAGAGAGGGAGCUCUGAACAAAACUCCCAAGUGCUGAAAUGUAAGAAGUCAAGAUUGUCUUCACCACACAGACACAAGUCAAAGAAAAGAAAGAACCAUAAAGAUCAGGUAUCAUCGGAUGAAUCAGAUGACUCUGAUAAAGGUUCAGGCAAUAAUGAUGAGCAAGAUGGUCCUUCUGAUGCUGAUUUUUGGAAGGGUCCUCCACAAGACACAGAAGAAAAAACACGGGAGGAAGAAUUUGAUGAGUACUUUCAAGACUUGUUUCUCUGAAACAUGAUGUGGAAAUCUGACAUUAAGUGCUUAAUGAAUCAUCAAUAUGUAUAUAACCAUCACACUUUUAAAUUCCAUAUACCUCUUUUUCUUUAAAGAUGGUUUUAAUACA